CUAUUUCCCACCAAAAAACACAAAAAAAAGUAAUUAAAAAAAAAUAAAAAUGGCAACAGUUUUCCUCUCAACUGCAAAAACCUUCCUCCCAACACUUCUGUCCACUACAUCAUCAUCACCAUCUUCUUCAUCUUCUCUAACACCACCACAAUUAAUUCUUGGUAAAAAACACAAUGCAAGGACAGAAUUGAGUCUGUGUAAGGCAGUGACUGACUCACAACAACCACCUUAUCCUCCAAUUCUCACCAAGAGAGGCCUCUCGAUCUCUCUCACUACCUCCUUCUUAUCUUUAGUUAGUAGCCAAGGCUGCUCUGCUGCAAAUGCAGCAAUACUCGAAGCUGACGAUGACAUAGAGCUCUUGGAAAAGGUGAAGAGGGACAGGAAGAAGAGGCUUGAAAAACAAGGAGUCAUCAGCUCAUCCAACAAAGAGACAGCAUAUCUGCAAGAUCUUGUGUACAAGCUGAGCAAAGUAGGCCAAGCCAUAGAAAACAAUGAUCUCUCUGCAGCAAGCUCUGUUCUUGGUCCCAGCACCGACACAGAUUGGGUCCAGAAAGCCAAUGCAGCCUUCAAAAAGUUGAGUUCUAGUCCUGAGGAGAAGAGUCAGGUGGAUACAUUCAACAGCUCACUAGCUUCUUUGAUUUCAUCAGUUAUUAGGAAAGAUGUUGAGGCAUCUAAAAUAGCUUUUGUUUCAUCGGCAACUGCAUUUGAGGAAUGGACAGCCUUGACAGGGCUGGUUGGGCAGCUUAAAGGGCUCUGAAGGAAAUGGAAAACUUUGAUAUUCUCUUUCCUCCUUGUUUUAAUUGAUCUGCAAGGAAAAUUUCUGUACUUCUCUCCUAUCUCUCUCUCCCUUAUUUUUAUUUUUUCUUUUUUCUUUUCAACUGGAAUGCUUCAUACUUUCCAAAAAGUCGGUAGAUAAGUUUCUAUUGGCUGCUUAUCAGUUGUAAACCCUCUCUCUGUUUUUCUUUGUUUUUUUUCUUUUUCCAAGUUGGACUUUAAAUUAAAUUUGUUGGGGAAAGUUGCACAAAAAUGGUACCAAGGAAGGAAUAAUUGCAAAA